AUGCCUGUGAGCAUGUUCAGCAUCGACAAUAUUCUGGCGGCCAGACCUCGCUGCAAGGACUCGGUACUGCUGCCCCCGAGCGCCGCCGCCGCCGCCGCCCCCCCCGUCGUCUUCCCCGGCCUCCACGGGGACUCGCUCUACGGCGGUUCCUCCGACUACGGCGGAUUUUACUCGCGGGCGGUGGCACCCGCCUCCGCCCUGCCGCCGGCCGUCACCGGAUCCCGGCUGGGCUACAACAACUACUACUACGGCCAGCUGCAUGUGCCGGCGUCUCCCGUGGGCCCUUCGUGCUGCGGGGCCGUUCCCCCCCUGGGCGCCCAGCAGUGCUCCUGCGUCCCCCCCGCAGGUUACGAGGGCACUGGGUCAGUCUUGAUGUCCCCUGUUCCCCAUCAGAUGUUGCCCUACAUGAACGUGGGCACUUUGUCCCGGACGGAGCUGCAGUUGCUGAACCAGCUGCACUGCCGCAGGAAAAGGCGGCAUCGGACUAUCUUCACUGACGAGCAGCUGGAAGCGCUGGAAAACCUCUUCCAGGAAACGAAGUACCCAGACGUGGGCACCAGGGAACAGCUGGCCAGAAGGGUGCACUUAAGAGAGGAAAAAGUGGAGGUUUGGUUCAAAAACCGCCGGGCAAAGUGGAGGAGGCAAAAGCGAUCGUCUUCGGAGGAGUCGGAAAACGCACAAAAAUGGAAUAAAGCGUCUAAAACGUCCCCGGAGAAGAGACAAGAGGACGGGAAAAGUGACUUGGACUCCGACAGCUGAUAACUCGCGGGGGGGGGACAUUUCCCGUGGACUGUCGGAUACGCUCCAAAGGAUGCUACUAAUCUUGCACAAGCUCUGCCUUGUUGGGGGGGGGGGGGGGAUAUAUCUGUAUAUAAUGUACAGUGCCCCGAGUUGAUUUCGUGUAAAUAAAACGCGUUGCGGAGGUAUUGCACAGGUAGACGGCGGCGCGUUUGUUCCCCCCCCACCCCGGGGCCGCGGCGAGAGGGGAGAGGAGAGCGGCGGUGUCCCCCUCCCCGGGGACCAGGGGUGGCUUUGCCGGCCCGGUUACUUAUUUAACGAGGCUUCGCCAAGUUUGGGAGCAAGCGGAGGGACAGCCCCUCCAGGUCUACCCCAUAUCCAGAGGCUUGUCCCCCCAGGGAGCGCCGGCGAGCGGCCCCCCCGCCGGUCCUGUCCCGCUGGCCCAGCCGGCCUGGAGGCGAUGCCCGGAGGAAAUAUUUGCAAAUCCGGCCUCGCACUUUUCACUCCUCUCUCGUUUCCCCGCGCUUUUCUCUCCCUCUCCCUGCAGUUACGCCUUGUCGAGGUUUCCAAAGCGUUUGUCUUUUGAUUCCCCGCUUAGAAAAGCUGUCUCGCUCCAUCGGUGUUUAAAAUGGCUAUUAAUAAGUUUCAGCCACUAUCAGAUGAAUUACGCAUAAAGGGAGGUACGAGCCCUCGUGUGCUGCUCCAGGGGAUGUUUCACAAGAAGUUGCUAAUGGAUGUUUUCUCCCCUUUGAGGCAGCACCUUUGCAAUUAGGAAAGCCGUGACAGCCUGGGCUCGUUCUACUCUCCCCUCUAUGAGGGCCUCGUAAAAGUGACGUCUGUUCCCCCUGUAAAAUUCACAUUCAUUUUCCUUGUGCUUUUUUCUCCUGUGACUCCCCGACUCCUGGUGCUCGUCCCUUCAGAGCAGAACUACUGCAGUUUCCCCAUGUUGUCUUGUUUAGAGAAACUUUUCCCUCUCCUUGUCUACAAAGACUGUCUAUAAAUUUAAAACAAAUGACCUGAAGGUGUAAAGCCAACGCAGAUAACCUCUGGCUGGAAUUCUUCAUGCUGUGCCUUUCAUUCAGAAAUUAAGUGGUAAUGAGCUGAUUCUCCUUAAUUACAGCCAAUGCCUAAACUCACCUGUAUCUAUUCAGCUCGUCUAGCACAGACAAGAAAUUGGUCUGUAGAAAUGUGCUCACCAUUGCUUCCAGUGACACUAGAAAGGGUUGGCUGCUGUGUUGCUUGUCCUUGUGCUUUUUCUCCCUUUCCAGCUAUAUCCAGCUUUUUGCGGGUAUUGUAGCGUGGUGCGUAUUGCAGGUGUUAGUGCGAUGGAGCGAAUCUCAGUACCUGUCUGCUCAGAUAAUGUACCCGUGUUUCCUCAUAGGUGUGGUAUCUCUCUCUCUGAGCAACCUCUCUCCAUACCAAGAGGUAGGAACAGCUGCCGUGGAAGAAAUUAAGUGUGGUUUUGUGUGAGUCAGUCCUUUAGGGGGCUUACAGUUUCAUAGUUACUGCUCUCUUGAACAAGAAAAGAUUUUUAGCCUCUUUUGUUCCUUAGCACAGCAGAGGAGGAAGGGAAAAAGCAAACUUCUCAAUGGAUUCUUCUUCUUGGAUAUAUAUAAUGGUUUGGCUCUACUGAGCUAUUGCAUUUUGGAGACGCUACCCUAUUGCUACGACGUGUAUAUGAUCUCUGUAAACUGUAUUGAAUUACAACCCAGGAGCACUGAAAAUUAGUUUUCAAAUUACUGAAAAUUAUCUUUCAAAAGAAGUGUUUUGUUAUGCUAUAUUCAGGAAGUCUCACUGAGUGGAAUUUUAAUGUCAUCUCCUCUGUAUUUAGUCAUUGUUAGGUUUUAAAGUGCAUACUUGAUUUGCAAAUAAAAGCCAGGUCUAAGGAUAAUAUUGCCCAGGAUUUUGCAAGUGCUUAUAUAUUUUCUUUACUUCCCAUGUAUAAAUAUCCUUAGUGCCACACUGGGAGCUUGGUAGGGUUUCGUUUUGUUUUGUUUUGCAUUUUUGUGUGUGGAGUGGUAAUUUUGGAAGUCACUAUUAAGGAUUUUAGCCUGCAUAGUUCAAUGUGGGAGUUAAACUGGAUAUGGGUUUGCAAGGGGUGGGCUUUAAAUAUUUUUUUGAUAAGCAAUACUAGUUACUUAAGGUUGUAGUCCACACCUUCGGAGGUUUUUAGACUUUUCCAAAGGGAGCAAGGCGCUCAAGAACUGCGGAAGCUCCAGGUCACCAAAUGUGCAAAUUUAUGGAUUUAUUUAGAACUUUUUGUUCUGUGGGAGUGUGGGAUGUGAUGUAACAAUCAAAACCUUGUGAUCCAAAACAUGCUUUCUGUGCAUGGGAUUGUGAUGAAGUCACCACUGAUUGCUUUAAAAUCAUGUUGUACCUUAGUCUGAGUUAAUUUUUGAUUUGACUAUAAACUCUUGAUUACCAUAAGCUUCAUCUUGCAGUCACUGGUAUCAGUUCUUAAUACUACAUGUAGA